GAGUGGAAAUCAGAAAUCGCUGAUGAUCCAUCAGCAGAUCCACAAUACAAAGAACCUGAGAUCGAUAAACUCGUCGAACAAAAACUUUACGAUCUCGAGGCCUAUAUAAAGCAAAAGAAAGAUCGACAAGCACUCGAAGAGAAGGCAGAACAACAAUUAAGGCAACAAGCGGAAUCAAUGAGAACUUGA